CCAGGAAGCUUCACAAGCUGCGCAUCCAGGAUGACUUUCUGCUGAUUUAAAAUGAUCAAUAAUCCUCCGACCAAGAGAGCCCAAGGAAUCUGCGCUCCAGCAAAUCCCCUUUUUUUGCAAUAAGAAUCCAGGAUGAGAAUAAUCAAGGCAGUGACUCUCCUGCUGAUUGCAGCUUGUGGUGUUUCUGUUCUCCAUCUGUGGAAAGUUGUCUUUACCAAUUAUGCAACCGACCACCAUCUCAUUAAAAAGGAUACCAUCAAAAAGAGCCCACCCACCAGUAAGAACUCCAACUCGUAUUCCAGUCCAAAAUGUGAACAAAAUAUGUCUGCUGCCAGCAUCACCGACUUCAGCUCGCUUCCUGUCGCCAUCCAGGAGUUUCUUUACUAUCGCCACUGUCGCCAUUUCCCCAUGCUCCUAGAUGUUCCUGAUAAAUGUGGACAAGCUGACAGAUCUUCAAAUGUUUUCCUUCUGCUGGUCAUCAAAAGUUCCCCAGCCAACUAUGAGAGACGAGAGGUGCUACGCAAAACCUGGGCUAAAGAGAGACUACACAAUGGCAUGUGGAUCCGGCGGACCUUCAUCAUGGGGACUACUGCUGUUGGUUUUGAAAAGGAGAGACUCAACAUGGUGCUGGAGCUGGAACAACAGGACCACAAUGACAUUCUCCAGUGGGACUUUAAUGACUCUUUGUACAACCUAACCUUGAAGCAGAUUCUGUUCCUGGAAUGGAUGGAAAGAAACUGCCCUAAUGUACGCUUUCUCCUGAAUGGUGACGAUGACGUCUUUGCCCACACGGACAACAUGGUGGAAUAUCUCCUAACCCUGGAGGAUAAUAAUGGAAGUAAACACCUCUUUGCAGGAUAUGUGUUCCAGGACACCAAACCAGUUCGAUGGUCAAAGAGCAAAUACUUUAUUCCAGUUCAGGUGCAGGAGUCAGAUGUUUACCCUCCCUACUGUGGAGGUGGUGGCUUCCUCAUGUCUGGCUAUACAGCUUUGGUCAUAUACAAUAUGUCACACUCAAUUGCCAUUCAUCCUAUUGAUGACGCUUACAUGGGAAUGUGUUUGGCUAAAGCAGGACUUGCACCUAUUUCCCAUAUUGGUUUCAGGACCCUUGGACUGGAAAUUCCAUCUAAAAGAAUGGACACACAGGACCCCUGCUUUUAUGUAGACCUCUUAUUAGUGCACAGAUUCCUUCCUGUCCAGAUCUUUCUCAUGUGGCAUAGAAUACAUGAGCCUAAUCUAAAAUGUGGUGUCAAUCGGCACUGUUUCAGGAGGAAAGGGUUUAGAUUUUAGACUUUAAUGGUUUUUGGUAUUUAUUUGGGGGUGUUGCAUAUAGUUGAGUACUGGACUGUCAAUGUUAGUCAAUGAUGACAGUGCUCUGUGAAUUUCUAGAAUAUAGAGUAUAAGGUAAGUCCCAUCGUUACCGUGUCAAGGUACGUUUGACUACCAACAGUCCAGUGGUGGAUUCCAGCUUGCCUAAGAUUUAGUUUUGAUAACCAGUAAAAUUCUAACUGAAAAGUUAACUGUGAUAACGCAAAAACAAUAACCCACUAAAACAUGUAGCUGUAGAUGCUGAUUUCAAUUUGUUUAUUUUCAUUUACAGUAUAUAGUGCCAAAUCACAACAAGGUUGCCUCAAGGCGCUUCACACAAAUAAGGUCUAGCCUUACCAACCCCA